ACAGUGUUGAAAAUUGUGUCAUUUCCUAGUGUCCUGGCAUCCUGAGAGGCUGUGACUGUGUGAUGAAAGGCCCUUUUCAUGCCACGUACAGAAAGCUGUUAUGCAGGUGAACACAAAGAUCCAGUAUAUGCCCGCAGUUUAGUAGCCAAGAAGAUUUUCACUUAGAACAUUUUUGUACCAUUGAGACAACCAAAAAAACCAGGUACCAUCUACUGUACAGACAUUUUAUGACACUACACAGAGCUAAAUUGAACGAGCUGGGUUUCAUGUUUGAGUUUCCUGAUGGAUUAAGAAAAAUUCUCAGAUUUCAGUAAGCUGUCUGGAAGUCCUGGGUAAGGGAAGAGGAAUCAGAAGGCUUUUUGUUGCUAAAUUUUUUACUAAAAUGUCAGACGAUGAAAUAAUCUAACUAAUUUGCUACACACAAAAGAUAGCCUGGAGGCAGUCCUCGAGAUGGCGGCCAUGGCAGAAUUCAACAGUGUCCGGUCAGUGGCAGAAGUGCCAGAGGGAGAUGAUGCUAAGCAUGUUUUCCAUCACAGAAUGUUCUUGGAACCUCAGGAAGAGAAGAGGAACUUGAAGGCUCUGAUGGUUAAGCGAGCAAAGGAAACUUGCAGCUGCACACCAGCCAAAGUUAAAGACUGUGUUUUCAGUUUCUUUCCCAUCUUGCAAUGGCUUCCUAAAUACAAACUAAAAGAGUGCCUACUGGGAGACCUAAUGUCUGGUGUGAUUGUGGGAGUCUUACUAGUCCCACAGUCAAUUGCCUAUUCUCUCUUGGCUGGACAGGAGCCUAUCUACGGCCUUUAUACGUCCUUUUUUGCAGGCAUUAUUUAUUCCAUAUUUGGAACGUCUCGCCACAUCUCCGUUGGUAUCUUUGGUGCACUUUGCCUGAUGGUGGGCCAGGUGGUGGAUCGUGAAGUGCAGAGAGCUGGCUACGACUUGGAGGCAGCCACUGUUCAUGCCCACACAGAUACAGUCACGCAUGUAAACACCACCAUUGUGCCUCUGAACCAGACAUCGCAGGUCCUGCUCUGUGAUAAAACCUGCUAUGCAAUAAAAGUGGGAGCCACCGUGACCUUCAUAGCUGGAGUUUAUCAGGUGGCCAUGGGUUUCUUUCAAGUGGGCUUUGUCUCAGUGUACCUCUCUGAUUCGUUGCUCAGCGGAUUUGUCACGGGUGCCUCCUUUACCAUCCUGACUUCACAAGCGAAGUAUCUCCUGGGUCUGGACAUUCCACGGAGCAGUGGCGUCGGCUCCGUCAUAACCACAUGGACAAACAUCUUCAGAAACAUACACAAGACCAACAUCUGUGAUCUCAUCACCAGCUUCUUGUGCUUUCUUGUUCUUAUCCCAACCAAAGAGCUUAACGAACACUUUAAAUCCAGGCUUAAGGCUCCAAUACCAAUUGAAUUAGCUGUGGUUGUGGCAGCUACUCUGGCAUCUCACUUAGGGAAGCUGCGAGAAACAUACGGCUCGAGCAUUGCUGGGGAGAUCCCAACUGGGUUUCUGCCACCCAGACCUCCAGAAUGGAACCUCAUUCCGAAUGUGGCUUUGGAUGCAAUCCCCAUAGCCAUCAUUGGCUUUGCCAUCACAGUCUCCCUCUCUGAGAUGUUUGCCAAGAAGCAUGGUUACACCGUGAAGGCCAACCAGGAAAUGUAUGCCAUUGGCUUCUGCAACAUCAUUCCCUCUUUCUUCCAUUGCUUCACAACAAGUGCAGCUCUUGCCAAGACUCUUGUCAAAGAGUCAACAGGCUGUAGGACCCAGAUUUCUGGCAUAGUGACUAGUUUGUUAAUCCUAAUAGUCCUCCUUGUGAUUGCGCCAUUGUUUUAUUCCCUUCAGAAAUGUGUCCUUGCUGUCAUAACUAUUGUAAACCUCAGAGGAGCCCUGCGAAAGUUCAAAGACCUGCCAAAAAUGUGGCAUUUGAGCAGGGUGGACACAGUAAUCUGGAUAGUUACUAUGGCAUCCUCAGCACUCAUCAGUACUGAGAUUGGUCUUUUGGUUGGCGUUUGCUUCUCUAUGCUCUGUGUCAUUUUCCGAACUCAGAAACCAGAGGCACCCUUGCUUGGCUGGGUGGCAGAGUCUGAAACAUACGAAUCCCUGUCUGCUUACAAGAACUUGCAAACUAAGCCAGGAGUCGUGGUGUUCCGUUUCGAAGCACCCCUCUACUAUAUCAACAAAGAGUGCUUCAGAUCCACGCUGUACAAGCAAACUGGAGUCAACCCAGCCCAGGUGAAGGCAGCAAAGAAAAAGGCAGCAAAAAGAAUGCUUAGACACAAAGAGGCGGGUUCUGGUGGCAACCAAACCAGCAUCUCCUUGGAGCUUGUCUCUGAACCCUUGGGGUUUCACACAAUAGUGAUCGACUGCUGUGCAGUGCAGUUCCUGGACACGGCAGGAAUACGCACGCUCAAAGAGGUCUGCAAGGACUACAAGGAGAUAGAUGUCCAGGUGCUACUGGCCCAGUGCAAUCCUUCGGUGAGGAGUUCCCUGAUCCGUGGAGAAUUCUUCAAAGAGGGCGAGGACCACCUUCUGUUCCACAGUGUGCACCAGGCUGUGGACUUCGCAUUGGGUGCGCAGGAGCACAAUGGGACCUGUGCUUCUAAAAACUAGCUGGAGGAAGGCAGCAAAUUGGAACAAACCCUGGAAAAAAAUGCGUAUGAAACAUACGUGCACUCAGAUGGAAAGAGGCAGGGUUGUUGGUAACACAUUGGUUACUGUGCAGUGUGUUUUAAUGCUUUACUUUGCCAGGUGUAAUGAUUCAACAGGUGGUACUGAGUGAAGGCAAUUCUUAACUUGAUUGUGACCAGUCUGUGAACCAAAGAGUUUUCAUGUGGAUUUUCAUCUCAUUUCUCUUCUGUCAUCAACUUUCCAUUUCUGUUCCCCCCCCGAGUUUUGAUCAUCAGCAUUGAAGUCUUUCUGGAUGGGACAAGAUCCUGAAGGAGUCUGGGCAUCCUGUCUAACAAAAUGCUACAAGGCAACUUACUGUUUGUCCCUAGUUGUGGUAUUGCUUUUUCAUAUCAUCACACCUUUAUAUUUUUAAGGAAUGACUGACGGGGACUGUUUGCUCUGGUCUAUAACAUGUAGUCCUUAGCUGGUGAUUUUGAGACAGCUAGGUAAGUAAAAUCUAGACAUGCAGGAAAAAAGUCUUAACGAAUAGCUUUUAACUACCUAUCACCUCUAAAUGCUUUGUCGUCAUCUUCUGACAGGCUAAUGCAGCCAGAUCAACAGGGACAUGAUUUUCUAAUUUCUACACAUGAUUUUCUAAUUUCUUUACAUGCCAGGAAAGAUUAUCCAAAGAGAACCAAGCUAAAGAGACAAUCUGGAAGGGUUUUUAUUCGGAGGAGAUUGUUUAGAAGUCUGAUUCAUGCUUAUGGUCGAUCGUUCAUUUUCCUAAUGUCUAGGAGCACUUCAGAAUUGUGAACAUUAGAUAUGAAGAUCUGUAAUUCAUGGGUGUCAACACACUGCAGCUCUUCGUAGCCAGUUUUACAAGCCAGGCAGAGUCACAGGAGCCAAAAUGAAAAGGGCCUCAUAGACUAGCCAGCAUCUGUCAGUGUCACACAGACUUCGUGUAUGAAUACAGGUUUUAUUGACCAUAAAUCCUUUACACGUGUUCAGUCAUGGGCAUUUUGGAAUGGGGAUGGUAGGCCAGGAAGUACAGUCAUUAGAAAAAGAGCCAGAGAGGUCUGCUGGAAGCUGUUCACCAUGUUAGUGUAAAUAAAACUUUGUACUUUGCUUUUAAAUUAUGCAGAACAGUGAAGAGUGUCUAUUGUUCAUCCUAAAGUAGAAGCACUGAGUAGGAAGGCUGUUCUCUGUUCUAACAGCAAUAGAAUACAAUUAUGAAAGCAUGAUUGAAAGAUUAACUUUUUUUUUUAACUGAGUGCCAGCUAUACCUAGAACACCAUACACACUUGGAAGAGGGUGGUUUCUCCCAGGGGAGUUUAUAGUCUGAGCUGCAGUUUCUUGGCAGCUUUUACAAGGGAAAAGAUCUUUUAUACAGACAAUAUGCUUAGUCUUGAUCAUUCAAAAAUAAUGAAUCAAGAAUCAAAAAGGUAAUAAAAUGCAAUGUAAGUCAUGAAACAUCUUCUAAAUAGAAAUCUAUUUUCUUUUUAGGAUUAUUUUCUUCUUUUUUUUCUGAGCAACUAGUAACUAGUAACUUCUUUCAAUGAAAGCUGAAAUGUCACGUCACUUCGCUCUAGGAGCUGAGACCUCAAGAGAAGGAAUAGAUAGCAGAAAGAUGAGUCCCAGGACCUGGCAACAUUUAUAUGUUGUGUCCUGCAUUUUUAGGACAUUGUAGAAGCAUGUAGAAAUAUUUAGAAGAUGGGCAGAGGGACACACUGUAGCAUAUAACUGAGAUCCUUGAAUUAUGUGUUCUAGAACUGGCAUUAUUAAGGCAAAAGCAGGUCUUCAAAUACCAGAGAUAAAAUUCUAAUGCUUCUGCAGUGUUCAAAAAGCACAAAUAUUUUUCUUUCGUAGCCUUAGGGCGUGUUUAUACAAGGAGAUGAAUCCCAAACAGCUACUGCUGUUUUUUUUUUUUUCAUUUUUUUUCUGCAGUUUGGAUAAUUAUAAUUAGCAAGCUUAUGUUACCAAAGCGGGGGCCAGCGUCAGGAGGGAGCAGCCAUGUCCUCAGCAGCUCCAGCAGCCAGGCUUCUGCUUCAGGAGGGCUUUUCACUUUAAGCAAAAUCCUCCAUGCCAUUUUUAAACACUGAUUUUAGCUACUACUUUUCAAGACAGCAGAAUAGUGCUAGAAGAAGCGCCCGCUCCUCAAAGUCGUGAUGAAAAAUUAAAUCACAACAAACAAUAAACAGAGUACCCUGUUGAGGCAAAUUUUCAUGCUUACCCCCAGCCACUCUUUCUCACUCCCUUGCCCCUCGGGCAUGUAGCUGAGAGGGAGGGGAGGACCGAGAAGCUGCUCUGGCCCACCAGGAGACGUCCUCUGAAGCAGGGAUAAAGUGAAGUAGAAGCUGUUUUGGGUGAGUCUUUCCUCUCUACACUCUCAUGAUGACUUCUACCCUUUCCGUGCUGCCCAGGUGAAGAGUUUUUUGACCUGUAACUAUGCAGCAGGGUAACAGAAGAGGAAAACAACGAAUAUUAAACAACAUUUCUUUCAAAUUCAUUUCCACUUGUGCUAGGAAGGGAGGAGUAAGAGUGUUACUUCCAAGAAGCAGUAGUUCCACAGCUGUCAGGAUGCAUAUUUGUAGCACCUGGGUAUUUGUUUGCAUUAAAGCACAAUAAAACAGCCAUAAAUUGAUUUUCAAAGAAUUAAUUUAGAUUACAGCUAAAAGAUACACUAAAGUGAUUUAUGUUCAGCUAGAGCACAUCAUGCUUGGCCGCAGUGCUGUUUGUGCAGCCACAACUGGCAGUGUAGCCUCCAAAUUCCAUUUCAAACAAAACAUUAAAAAAGCAUAUUAAAAUGCAAUGGUAAAAGCAGCCAGCCAAACAAAAGAACAAUUUUUGAUGUUCUUAUUUAAGAUAAUAUCCGGAGGCCACAGUUUAUCCUCUGUAUAAACUCACACAGCCCUGGUUAAAAGGGAACAUAAAUAAAUACCAGUUGUCAGAGAGUUUAGUGUAAUAGAGAGUCAUUGGACGUUACCUGAAGAUUAGAGCUUAUCAUGGCAGGGAUUUCUUUAAACUGUGAUUUCAGCCAUUUUCCUUUUAGGCCAAUAUUUUCUUUUUAACAGAGGCGUGAGUCUAAGCAAAAUCAAGCCUCCUUCAUAAGAGGAGUAUGCUUCAGUGUGUUUAUGGACCCUUUAGAAGUAAUCCAACUUCAUAUUUAGGAAUCAGGGACCAUAACCGAAAACUGUUUCCCUAAAGAAUGUGAUUUAUAAAGGAAUUUCAGGCAUGUAUACAUGCCUUUUGCAGCUGUUUGAUGAAUGCAGCAGCUGUAUUUCACCAGUUGUGUUUUUGUGAUGUGUCUGUUUUCUGUCCUGGAAGGGGCUCUUCUGCCGUCUGCUGUCUAAAAUAAAUGGUGGAAUGCAUGUACUGGAUUUUAAAAGGGAAAGUCUGCCAUACCCACUGCCAUCUAGCCCUUCUCUCAUCCCUGCCUCACAGCUUAACGUGUAGUCUGUGGGAAGAAGGAAUCCCAGAACGAUUGGUUUUGGGAACACUCCUGUGUCCAGAGCAGUGACGUUUGUCCCAGCCGCAGCCUUCAGAGCCCUGGGCCAGCCUGGAAGGUUGUGUAAACCACUGAUCUCCAGCGACUCUGCUCCCAAAGACAUUAAUCCGGCAAUUACCAGUCUAAAUGAGGAAUUAAGAGAUCAUUAGCAUAUUCAUUAAUGAUAACAACACAGUAUUAUGGAAAUGAAUACUCACAGUCUCAGCCACGCUAAAUGCUCCUGGAAAUGUCUUUAGUAGUCUCCUGCAAAAUGUCAGACUUUCUGCAUUUAUUGCUGCCAUAUGUAGUAGAUUCAACUCCUCCUUACGUGCCAAUUGCAGUAAUAAAUGUUUAACUUGUGUAAAUGUUUUGACGCAGAAACGGUUUUCAGUCUACUUCGUAAAGUGGAAAGGUGCUGCCACGAUGCACAUGGUGCUUAUUUUUGGAUUUAUGGUGACAUGGUCAACCUCAGUCUUGCACAAUUAAGUGAUCCUGAUUUCCUAGUAAGUCAUUGCAGCUCCAGCUGCUGCUCCCUAAUUCGCUGCCAGAUCCACCUCAUCACCCUCUUCCAUGCCUCUUUCUGUGAUUUGCUUUAAGGCAUUGUAUGUGUUUGACUGUAAGCAGAAGAAUCGUUGUAUAUUUUGCUAUUGUCUGUGAACUGCUGCCUAGUUUUUGCACCAAGGCUAAAGCAAAAAGCUGUAAAACAGUCCCAAAAUCUCCCAGUCCUCUGGGCUCUGAGCCUGGGAGGAAGGGAGCUGCGGGCAGCCGGUGUGCCUUUUUCCAUAAUGAGUGUAAUAAUAACGCAGGGACCGAGUUCCUGCUCGGUGCUGCUGCAUGAGUCAGUGUCCUGUACUGGAUGUUAUUAGGGAUUUCUGGUUUUGUGCUUAUUUAUUUUUGUGUAAUUUUAAUCUAAUUCUGUACUGGGCUCCCCCAGCCAGGGCAGCUGAGCUGCCAUGACUUCUGCACUCCCUCCCCAUCGGGCUACAGUGACGAACGGAGGGAUCCUCUCUCUUGAGAAAAAAACACAGCAGUUCCUUCAUCUCUGCUCACUUCUGCUGGCUUGCACCGAGAGGCCUGGCGUGCAGAGGGGAGGUUCUGCAGGCAGAAGAGCAUCCUGGCUGCCACUCUGUGCUGGAUCCUAAAUCUACAUCUCAAACCUUACUUGAGAAGACCAGCAACGCUGCACAUCUCCCUGGAUCCGGUUCUUUGAGUCUUCCACCCAAGGGCUGUGCAACCUCACUGUGCCUAGCCGCCUGCUGCCAGCGCCCUGGUGUUGAUGGUAGGAGUUUUUAAGGAGGUCAAAGUCAUCACCCACGUGACUGGACUGUUGGAGACUGCUGGUCUACAAGAAGAUCACAGAACAGAAACUGGAACAAGAGGAAACCCUGUUAGUUGAGGGCGAAACUCUUCAGGCAGAUAGUUUGUUUCAGGGCAUUAUCUUCUGGGUUUUCUUUCACAUGCUUUGGAAAGGUGAUUAAGUGAUUGAGGUGAUUUAAACUUUAUUUUAAUAGCAUUAGCUGAGCUAAUGAAGCUGCCAUGGAGAUAGCAGUCAUCUACUGCUAAUGCCAUACAAGGUGCUUUGUAUCUGUAGAGCUUGUUGUGCUUUGCUGAGUCUCAGUCUAGGAUGCCAAUAUUGAUGUACGUGUCCGCACUAGAGGGUUUUACAUGUCUGCUAUGCUGGCAUAGCUAGAAGGGUCGAUCUCUUCAGUGCAGAUGAGGCACUGUGCCUUUGCACUUUGAAUAACUUUGUUACGUCCCAAGAAUUACUUGCACUCGGUUGUCAUGUUUGUAAGCCUUUGGCGGAGCAGCUGCACAUGUGAGAAGCUACCUGUCUUUAUUAUUUCAAUCAAAUUCCACCUGAGGUGGAAAUCAUUUUGGGUCUUGCUUUUUCUUUUGAGAUGACCGCAAUGCUAAAAGUGAGGCCUCUGGCUAAGUAAAAUGGUGAAUAUUUAAUACAUACACAUAUGUAUUUAGUGCCUAAUAUAAUUAGUACCUUUCUAUUGUAUUUUAUAAAUAGGCACGUUGCUAUUUCUCUAAUGUGCAAAUACACAGAAUAUUACAACAUUUGAUGGAGAUUUGAUGGAGAAUCAAAUCCCUAUUGUGGAAAUGUACUGCCUAAAAUAUUUGGAUUGCUGAUCUCUGCAGCUCUGAAAGCACUUUGUUCUUAGUCCAGCUCCCAAGUGAUCUCAAGACUCCACAGGACAAUAGGGAACCAAACAUUUUGCUGGACUUGGGUCCAAGUUUUUAAUGUCUAAUCUUUGUCUUUAGGAAUAAAAUUUUGUGUAUAUUUGAAGUGCAGCUGAAACAUGCUUAGAGGGGUGAAGCUCCCCUUUUUCUGGUAAGCACAUGGUGAUUUGAUUCCAUCACCUCUGGUUGCUGACAAUCAUUUCUGGUACCAUGGUAUGCUCUGGGAUAUGAUUCCUGAAUUAUUUUAAAUUCAGAGUGAUUUUAGAUAUUAUUCGUGACAUAAUGUUGUGCACAAUAAAUAAUAUGGCAAAAA